GUCACGUGACAGAGGAGACGGUCGUUCUGCGGCUGGUGAUGUGACAACGCUGCUAGGGCUGGUUAGCAAGUUUGUUUUUCUUUCGCAUCGUUCCUCCUCAGAAUCAAGAGAAGUGACAAAAGAUGGACAACAGCGGGAAAGAAAAAGAAGCGACGGCUUUAAUGGCCGAGGCAGAUAAGAAAAUAAAAUCAUCGCAGUCGUUUUUCGGAGCGCUUUUUGGGAGUUCCUCCAAGUUGGAAGAAGCCUGUGACAUGUAUGUAAGGGCAGCCAACAUGUACAAAAUGGCCAAAAAUUGGUGUGCUGCAGGAAAUGCGUUCUCCCAAGCCGCUCAUCUUCACCUGCAAAUGCAAAGCAAACAUGAUGCAGCAACUAACCUUAUAGAUGCUGGAAACGCCUUCAAAAAAGCAGAUCCACAAGAGGCCAUAAACUGCCUAAACCGAGCUAUUGAGAUAUACACGGAUAUGGGACGUUUCACUAUUGCAGCUAAACACCACAUCAGCAUUGCUGAGAUAUAUGAGACAGAGCUGGUUGACAUUGACAAGGCUAUUGCUCAUUAUGAGCAGGCAGCAGAUUAUUAUAAAGGUGAAGAAUCCACCAGUUCAGCAAACAAGUGCCUUCUGAAAGUAGCAACAUAUGCAGCUCAGCUGGAGCAGUACCAGAAAGCUAUCGAGAUCUAUGAACAAGUUGGAACCUACGCAAUGGACAGUACGCUCCUGAAAUACAGUGCCAAGGAUCACUUCUUCAAAGCAGCACUCUGUCACUUCUGUGUAGACAUGUUUAAUGCAAAGCUCGCAGUGCAGAAAUAUGAAGAAAUGUUUCCAGCCUUUUCAGACUCGAGAGAGUGCAAGCUGUUGAAGAAACUUCUAGAUGCAUAUGAAGAACAGAAUGUGGAUGCAUACACUGAUUCGGUGAAGGAAUUUGACACGAUUUCACGGUUGGACCAGUGGCUCACCACCAUGCUUCUCCGCAUCAAGAAAACCAUACAGGAUGACGAGAGUGACCUUCGCUGACUCGCCUCCCAAUUCCUCCUGAAGUCCUCAGUGACUGAUUUUCAUCUUUCUUCUUGCCUAAAGCCUCCUACUUCCAUUCAAGCAACAUCCUUAAAUUUUAUGUUUCUGUCUUGCCACUUGCAGUAUUUUUUUUUGUCUUUAAAUCCACUCAAAACGAUCCUCUCUUAAAUCUUUAUAAAAUAGGUAUGAAUACUGUUAACACUACUAUUCUCCUGAGUGCACUCUGCACACAGUAUGUUAGGUAUUGGUCCAACAUUGGUCACAACAUUCAUACCAGCAGACUUAUGUUACUAUGUUUUCUUUGUUUUUUGACAGACGAGUGGAGGUCAGCUGUCAAACUAUUUGGAUUACAAAAUAUAGUUUCCAAAAUGUGCUUUAGAAUAAAGUAAAUUAGCCAAAGUGGAGAUAUUGAUGAAUGAUGUGACCUUGGUUGUUGCUUCUUCUGAGUGCUGAAGAGUAGUGUAGGUCGUAUUCGGGGACUCGUUGGCUGCAUACUUUUUCUACAGUUAUUCCACAGCAAAUAUCCCCUCUGCCUUAUACCGCGCUCAGGAUGUGGACAGCUAGAUUUGAUGAAGAAAAAGAAAUCAUAAAUAAUAAUUCUAUUUCAGAUGUUGAUUUGUUUGAUAAUUAUUUUUGUCACUUCCAUUUAAAGCGGUUUUAUUCCAGAAAAAGAGGCCAAAAAAGGGCCGUCAUCUUUGUGAGCAUUUGCAUGGUUUGGAAUGAAUGAGGAACAUUUAAGUUCCCUGUUGUAUAAGAGUGUUUUAGUUUUUGUUAUUGUCUAAUCUAAAACCAGGCUGAAUAAACUAUUUUUAUUGCCUGCAAAAGAUGCAAUACACGGAAGUAAAAAAUAAAUAAAAAUAAAGAGCUUUACUGAUCUGAACACUGUGCUCGUUUUACCCCCCUGAGUUUGUCAGAGAAUUGGUCUUAAAUAAUUUGUGAUGUUUAAUGUAAAAUGUUUGAAUAAACCUGAGUACAUCGUC